GUCAGCUCUGCAAGAAAGCGAAUCAGUGAAAAUGGAGAAGUGGAGGUGGUCGUCAGCAGCUCAUCGUCUCCUCCGGCUCUGCUCGAACCCUCUAUCCGAUCUCCGGUGCAGCCCUAAGCUCCAAAAUUCGACUCCUUCAGGAGUUUUGUACAGGCAUGAAGGAACUUGUGAAUGGAUACGACCAUUUAUUGGACAGCAAAAGCAGCAUUUUGGACAGCGUUCACAUCAUUUAUGGUCGGGAAAUUGUCUUGGUGAAACACCUGGAAUUCAAAACAGAUUCUUUGGAGCCACGGCCACAAAAAUCGAGAGGAACUCUAAGUUUGCGACGCUGAAUUCCAACGAUAUAAGUUAUUUCAAGGAAAUAUUGGGUGAAAAAAAUGUUAUCCAGGAUGAAGACACUCUCCUGUCUGCAAAUACUGACUGGAUGCACAAAUACAGAGGCUCAAGUAAGCUUCUGCUCCUGCCUCGGACCACUGAGGAGGUCUCCAGCAUUCUGAAGUACUGCAAUUCUAGAUGCUUGGCUGUUGUUCCUCAAGGUGGAAAUACUGGCGUUGUAGGUGGAAAUGUUCCCGUUUUUGACGAGGUGAUUAUCAAUGUGAGUUCGAUGAAUAAUGUGAUAUCUUUCGACAAGGUGAGCGGUAUUCUGGUUUGUGAGGCAGGAUGCAUAUUGGAAAACCUGAUCUCAUUUUUGGACAACCGAGGAUUUAUUAUGCCCCUCGACUUAGGUGCAAAGGGGAGCUGCCAGAUUGGUGGCAAUGUUUCAACCAAUGCUGGUGGUUUGCGCCUUCUUCGAUAUGGAUCACUUCACGGAAAUGUACUUGGUCUUGAAGCAGUUUUGGCUAACGGUGAAGUGCUCGACAUGCUUGGUACUUUGCACAAAGAUAAUACUGGGUAUGAUCUGAAGCAUCUCUUCAUAGGGAGCGAGGGAUCCUUAGGGAUAGUAACUAAAGUGUCAAUCCUUACCCCCCCAAAGCUGUCAUCAGUAAAUGUAGCUUUUCUUGCAUGUAAAGAUUAUUUCAGUUGCCAGAAACUCCUAUUGGAGGCAAAGAGGAAACUUGGGGAGAUUCUCUCUGCUUUUGAAUUUCUAGAUGAACAGUCGAUGACUCUGGCACUGAACCAUUUAGAAGGUGUUCGUAAUCCAUUGCCUCCUUCACUGCACAAUUUCUAUGUUUUGAUCGAGACGACAGGCAGUAAUGAAUCUUAUGACAGAGAGAAACUGGAAGCCUUUCUAUUGAGCGCGAUGGAAGGUGGUUUGAUUUCAGAUGGAAUUGUUGCCCAAGAUAUACAACAAGCGUCUUCAAUUUGGCAUAUUCGUGAGGGUUUACCUGAAGCAUUGAUAAAAGCUGGGCCUAACUACAAUUACGAUCUUUCACUACCUGUCGAAAAGCUUUACAAUCUUGUUGAAGAAAUGCGGACUAGACUUGAUAACUUGGCCACUGUAGUGGCAUACGGUCAUCUCGGCGAUGGAAACCUGCAUCUUAACAUUUCAGCUCCUCAGUACGAUGAUGCUAUUCUGGCACAAAUCGAACCCUUUGUGUACGAGUGGACGUCUAAGAAUCGAGGAAGUAUAAGUGCUGAGCACGGCCUUGGACUCAUGAAGGCUAACAAGAUUUUAUACAGCAAAUCCCCUGCAGCUGUAAAUGUGAUGGCUUCCAUCAAAAAGUUGCUGGACCCAAACGGCAUACUCAACCCGUAUAAAGUUCUUCCACAAUCCAUGAUUCAUUGAAAGUAAGGGUGUAGAGUCCCGUCUGGGGGAGAUGAAGCAGUGCCGACGCGAAUAACAGAGAGAUGAAAGGUAACAUAGUACUUGAUGAAUGCCUACAGCUAGAAUAGCAUUUAUAUGAACGAAUGUGUCACUGUAACUCGCUGCUACUCGAGACACACUAUGGAAGGCACUCACAUGUUGCUGGCAGAUAUAUCGGGUCAUAAUAUGUACUUGUGCAUAAUUUUGCUUCUUUGUCUGCCGAUCUGCAUUCUUAACAUCAUGUAGACUUGUACGUAUUAUGUUCAGCUGAAAAGAAAAAAGAAAAAAACGCAACAGCAAAAUAAAGAACAAUCGAUAAUGUAAAACCCCAAGGAAAAUCUUCAGCCCUUGCUUGUUGAGAUAUGGUCAGCAUUUCUGUUUCUUGGGAGAGCUUGUUCUCGAGUACAUGUUAUCUUGAUCGACAUACUCCGUGUAAAGGCAAGACUGUCUUUUAAGGGAUCAAAAUGUUCAUUUUA